AUUCGAGGGGUUACGCCGAAGGUGGUGUCGCAGCGACGCGAUGAAGUCACAAAGAUGGCGGACGCUGACGGGAGCUCUUAAUUAUUCUGAAUGUGCUUAGCGUUUGGAAGCCACAAGCUUUCCCCCAGGGGAUUUCUACUCUUUAGGCGAGUUUGUCCCUUCUCUCCUGUCUUUCGACAGCACCGCGGAGUCAGCGUCGCGGGUUUAUUAUGUUACACCCAAAAGUUGCCGGCGCCAAGUCGGUUUCAAACGAGAACUUUAAAAACGAUUCGUUCUAAGAAAAGGAAGGAGCCGCGAGACCUCCUCCCUACAACUGCCGGGGAAAGCAAGUUGGAUCCGCAACCGACGCCCAACGGUCCCUCCCCUGACCGCGCCGCGACACCCCGAGUGCGCAAGCUGCUGUCAAACGGGCUGACGGGAGGCCCAGAAGAAAAAAAGGCGGGAGCCACCGAUCCCUGGCGUUGCAAAAUGGCGCGGGAGAAGGAGAUGCAGGAGUUCACCCGUAGCCUCUUCCGCGGCCGCCCGGACCUCAGCACGCUCACGCACUCCAUCGUGCGGCGGCGGUUUUUGGCCCACGCGGGCCGAGACCAUCUAGAACCCGAGGAGAAGCAGGCGCUGAAACGGCUUGUGGAGGACGAGCUGCUGAAGAUGCAGGUGGAUGAAGAGGGUGCCAGGGAAGAAGGGCUACACCGUGCCAAAAAGGCAAAGAGGCCUCCCACCACCCCCUGCAGGGACCCACGAAGAAAAAGGCCCCGUUUCAACUCAGAGUCAGAGCUCAGCUCUGCAGCCUCCAGUCCGGACUGCUCAAGCCCCCCAGCUGAGAAGGGGAUGGCAGCAGCAGGCAGUCUGAAGGAGAGCCCAAAGCGAGCCUCCAAGAAAGCCGUUGAGAGCAUUGAUGAGGAAGGACAGCAGAGGGACCUGACUGCAAAGACUGGAUUGGAGGAGGCAAUGGCAAAGAAUGGGGAGGAGAAGGAGGAGGGCUCUGCUAGAGCCAGUAAGGCCUGGAAGGAAGAGAGCAGUGAGGAGGAGGAGGAGGGAAAGGGCUCCAAAGGCAGCAUUAGGAGGAAACCUGUGACAAAGAACAAACAGGCCCCCGGCAGGACCUCGCCCAGUAGGGUGCAGUCCAUGGAGGUGAGUGAGGGCAGCGAGGAGGAACCUGUUCAGAGGACGGGAAGGAAAGGAGCUGAAAGCCACCAGGAAAGUGAAAAGGAGAGCGAGGAGGAGGAGAUGCUAGUCAAGAAGAAAGAGAGCAGAGAGGAAGAGGAGGCUUGUAAACCCAGAGCCCAGAGCAAUGGAAGGGAAAAGUCAGCUUGGAAGAAGAGGAACGCUAAGCAGAAAAGCAGAGCAGCGAGACUGCAGGGAGAUGGGGGGCACCAAGAGGGAGAGGAGGACACAGCAGCAGCAGGCAGUGGAGAGGACAGUGAGGGAGAUGAUGAGCCCUUAGGGCAGAGGAAGAGCAAGGACAGGACCCAGGGGGAAGCUGACAAAAGGCAGAGUGGAAGCAGCAAGUACCAGGAAGACAGCGGGAGGAGGCUGAAACCAACUACUAAAGGUACUGGAAAGACAGCCCAAGUGGAAAGUGAAAAGAUAGGCAGUGGUGAGGCUAGUGACUCGGAGAGGGAGGUGAGUGACAGUGAGGCAGGGGGGAGUCCCCAGGGGGAUAGGAAGAGCCGCUCAUCCAGGAAGAGCUCCAAGAAAAGCAGGACAUACAGCUCCUCCUCUUCUGCAGACAGCAGUCCAGAGCUCAGAGGCAGGAAGGCAGGGGGCUCUGAUCGCUGUGGUGAAGACCACCCUGCUGUAAGAAGGCUAAAGCGCUACAUUCGGGCCUGUGGCGCCCAUCGCAACUACAAGAAGCUGCUGGGCCCCUGCCGCUCACGCAAGGAGUGCCUGAGCAUCCUCCGGGCAGAGCUAGAAGCUCUGGGCAUGAAGGGUAACCCUUCUUUAGAGAAGUGUCGGACCCUGAAGCUGCAGCGUGAGGAGGCAGCUGAGGUAGCCUCCUUGGACAUGUCCAACAUCAUCAGUGGUUCAGGUCGACCACGCAGAUGCACAGCCUGGAACCCUUCAGAAGCAGCUGCCCCUGGGGAGCUGUACCGCCGGACCCUGGACUCAGAGGAAGAGUGGCCCCGCCGCCUGCCCCCCGACUGGUCACACAUGCGUGGCAUCAUCAGCAGUGACGGCGAGAGUAACUGACUUUCCCUCGCCCCGCCGCUCCCCACUCUGCCUGUACAGAGCAGCUUCCCCCUCCAAGACUGGCACCCCCCAGGAACACAGUUGUUGGGAUCCCCUACUUCUCAGUUUAAAAUGUUUACAAGGGUUUGUAUUUUAAGAUUCAAUAAAGGAGUGUUUGACUCAC